UAUCAGAAUGUACCAAAAUGGAGUUCUUCAACCUCAGAUCUCCAACAAGUCCUACCAGCAAGACCCAACAGUACGGUAGACGUAUCUCUGCUGAGCGCCUUGCUGAGCGGCUCCCCACUACACCAGUAGCUCCUGCAAAACGAGAUGUGAUACAGCGGACUCAGCUGUUUCUUAAGCAACCUGAAUCUGGGGUUGGAGCAUGUCUGCCUGUUCAGGAGGAUCUUAGUGCGGUUCACGGUUACUUUAAGAAGAGACCAGUGUACGACCGUCUCCCCAUCUGUCCCUACAAUGAUCAGAUCCUGAGAACAGUAAAAGAAAACUCUGUUACAGUGAUAACCGCGCCCACUGGCAGUGGCAAGAGCACGCGUGUUCCUCAAUACAUCAUGGACGACGAGUAUUACAACGAACGGAGACACUGCAAGAUAGUGGUGACUCAGCCGCGCAGGGUUGCUGCUGUUGCGCUAGCACGUCGCGUUCUCGUAGAGAGAGGACUGAAGCAGAUAGAUCACACGUGCGAGGGUCAGGGAACGCUGGUGGGCUACCAGAUAGGCAUGGACAAGCAGGUUAAUUCUGACACUAGACUGGUAUACAUGACUACUGGUGUACUGUUAAGGAAACUAUGUAACACUGGCAAUCUUAACGAGUAUACACACAUCAUACUGGACGAGGUCCACGAACGUGACAAGGAAACUGACUUCCUCCUUUUACUUGUCAAGAAAUUCCUCUGUACCAACUCUAAAUUUGUCAAGAUUGUUAUAAUGUCAGCGACUGUGAAUGCAGAUAAAUUCUCAAGAUAUUUCUCGACUCUUAUUGGUGGGCUUCCCAGACCUUGUCCUACUAUUGAACUUAAAGAUGAGAUGCAUCCUGUAGAGGUAUUAUAUCUAGAUCAGUUCAAAUCUAGUCUCGGAUAUCAUCGGGAAUAUGAUGAAGUGGACCGGAGCUUGUCUCCUCAGAUAUCAGAUAAUAUCUACGACCUAGCACGUUCGUUGAUUGAGAGUUUUGACGACAGGGAUAGGAUUUAUUAUAGUAGUGAGUUCAAGAAAGGGUCAGUGUUGGUAUUCCUUCCCGGUAUGUACGAGAUUGAAACUUGCCAAAAUUAUCUUCUGAAAGAGUCAGUGAGUAAGACUUACGACAUUAUUCCACUUCACAGUUCCAUCCCCCGGUCCUCUCAAAUGAAAGUGUUUGCUCUGCCGAUCCCAGGAAGACGAAAGGUAAUACUCUCCACCAACAUUGCUGAGAGCAGUAUCACAGUCCCUGACAUCAGAUAUGUUGUAGACUUCUGUCUCACUAAACAGCUAGUGUGUGAUCCAACUUCAGGAAUGUCAUCUCUGCAGUGCACGUGGGCUCCAAGGUCCUCUCUCGAUCAGAGAAAGGGCCGUGCUGGUAGGGUAGCUGCUGGUAUCUGCUACAGACUCAUACCAAGAUCAUUCGUCCAAAAACUCAGUGAUUUCAACAGCCCGGAGAUAAAGAGGUGCUCUCUGGAACAGCUGAUCCUGUGGUGUAAGAUACUAGAUAUUGGAGAUCCUCACCACAUGUUAUCACUAGCUCUGGACCCUCCAGAUCUCAGUAAACUGCACCAGAGCGUUCUAAUCCUAGAGGAAUGUGGCGCGUUAACCAGACCUGCUGACCAAUCACAGCCCUUCUCAGGUGAGAUAACAUUCCUGGGACAAGUCAUGGGCAUCCUCCCUCUAGAUGUGAGGCUCUCCAGACUAGUUAUGUUUGGGUAUGUGUUCAACUGUUUUACGGAGUGUAUCGUCAUGUCAGCCUGUCUUGCUCUCCCCUCCUUUCUGGAGAUACCCUAUAAUAGUAGGCAGGAUAGGAUGAGGUCCUACGUAACUAGGAUGAGGAAAGCAGCAGGCACGUUCAGUGAUCCCAUCAUGAUGUUACACAUGUAUAACGCCUGGUAUGAUGCUCACAGUAGGAGCACUGCUGACAGCAGGAGGUUUUGUAAAGAUAACUUUAUCGAGUUCAGCCGGAUUCAAGACGUGGCUUCUUUAGUCCGGGAACUUAGCUCAGGUAUUCAUAGUCUCAACAUUCCUGUGGAAACUAUAGAGGAGAGGAAGGUUGCGUACGAUGAUGCAGCUUAUAUUGUGAAGCUAAAACUAGCCCUAGCAGCAGCAAACUACCCUAACUACUUUAUAAAAGAUAAAGAUAAUGUACACGAGGAGAAUGUAAUGCAGCUGUUUGGUAACAAAUCACCCUCCGAUACUGUCUUCUUCACAGGGAUGAACAUUGACGUGAGAUCAGACGAGGAACUACAACAAACCUUCAUGGUGGAUGUUAACCAGUACUACAAGCAGGGGUUCUGUGAUCCGGUCAAGAAACUAUCUUUAGAAGGUUCCAGAAUGUACGUGACUUUUGAGAACCCAGCAGAAAGAAGUGUGUGUAAGUCUGUGUAUUAUGCCCUGAUGAUGAAGAAACUUGGGUUUUCUCUAGCUCUGUCCGAGCGUGAAGGUUCUGAGAGAAGAAGAGAAAAUAAGCAGUCUGAAAGUAAGAUGAAGAGAAUGAUACCUAUCAUAAAAGGAGAGGCUCAGGUUAAGAUAGCCCACGUUGCUAGCCCCACUAAAUUCUACGUUCAGUUUGUAGAUAACGAUUUGAGGGCAGAAUGGGAGGAUACACAAAACAGGCUGCAGGAAAUAUCAAAGACUCGGGUCCCGUACCAACACCUAAAACCUAAAGCAUAUGCUGCGUGUUUUUUCGACGACGAGGUAACGCUGUAUCGGGUAAGAUUGGAAUACUUCAAGGGAGAGAAGAUGAGAGUGUACUAUUUAGACUACGGUAACUUAAAAGACGUUCCCGUAAAUCAACUCUUCCAAAUACCAGUGCAACUGCUCCGAGUUCCCUUUCAAGCUAUAGAAUGUUCUCUAGAGAACAUCGCCCCAUUUCACCGGAACUUAAUUGACAUGGUGUCAGGUGGCUGGCCACGUGAUGUUAACCAGCACGUGGGGGAGGUAUUAUUGGAUAAGAUGUUCACUGCACGUGUCUACUACCUUCUGGGAGGGGUUGUUCAUCUUGAUCUAAUGGCAGGUGGGGUAAGUUUUAUAAACCUCCUGGUAAGUCAGAACCAGGCUUACCAACCAGAGCCUGACUACAGGGUUAAACUUGCCAGGUCUGUCACUAACGUGUUGGGUAUUAGGCUCGAUACUGCCUUCUCUGUGUACGAGGAUACCUACAUCAGACCGUACGAGCGUCCUAACUUCACCUCUAAACGAGCCAAGUUGUCUGGCGGUGAUUCACCGUACUUAGUGUCGUUUAAAGGUCUAUGUGAGGGAGUUAAUAGUAAGAUGGUAAGUGUGAGUGGUAGUUCUGUGAACAGUGUAGUGUUGCACCACAACACUGCACUAAAGUUCCAGGAGUUACUGACUGGUAACAGUGUGGCUCUGUCUGGUGAUGGUAAUAAGAUCCUGGUCCGGGGUACCACUUCUCAUGAUCCUAUUCCAGGGUUGCCCGAGAUAAUGGUUCUUCUGUUUGCUCCUCAGGUACAGCUGCAUUGUAGUUCCGGUAAACUUAAUUACACUGGAUGUAUAGCUGGGCUGGGAGCGGUUGAAGGGGCUCCGAUCUGGCCUGAGCAUGACCUGAAGAUGAGGUUCGAUGUGAGGUUAGAUAACAAGGACUUGACGGAUAUCAACAAGCUGAGGAUGUACAUCUCUGAUAUGCUGCAAGGAGAUGAGGAUAAUCCGUCCACAGUUCACCUAACUCACCAGCCCAUCAGACAGCUACAACGUAAGAUUUGGAGACUUAUCACCGACUUGCUGCAGAGGAGACGGGAAAUGCUUUCUCCUUCUGAUUAUAUCCAUCUUGAUUGGGAACCCACCGCUGGCACUGAAAACGUUGGCCUCCCAUCGCACAACAGUUCUGACGUAAUAAAACCGUUCCCAGUUCUCCAGACCCGAUAUCAUGGGAUAACCCUGGAGACAACAGAGAUGAGCAGUAGAGUGUCCAGUCUGAUCGAGACUAACUACAGAAUUGAGGAGACUACUGGAACUAGAGGAACUGGAAGCACUUACUGUGAACUGUGUGGAGUUCAAUUUGAGAGGACCAUUCAUUUAGCAACUCAUCUCAAUGGGAAGGAGCAUGCAACUGAGAAGUACCGUUUGGAUCAUUGGACACCACCGCAGUGAGAGGAGUUUUAUAUUUUACCACCUAAAGACUAAAAACCUGCCUUGAUUUAUGUUAUUUCGUUUGUUUGGUUUUAGCAGAUUUAGUUUAUAUACUAUUACUAUAUCAUAUAACCACUAUGUUCGUUAGAGUUUUUUCAUUAAUUUACAAAUAAACAUGUUUUAACUUAUUGGUUUUUAUUAAUCCAGAGCUAGGAAGUUAAAUGUUCUGUAUAUUAUGUUGUGUUAGAUUUGACAAGUUGUUUGUUUCAGUCAAUGCUUUAUUGCUUUUAGUUUUAUCAAAUUUUUAUCAAAUGCUUUCUAUCACUAAUACUGCAUGUCAGAAUUGAUUUUUAUUUAAGGGAUUAUUAAUUUUUUUAAACCCGAUGAAUGUAUUAUAAAAUUAUCGACUGUUUAUUGACUGAGUAAUAUCCGGAUAGGAAUUAUUGACUGCUAUUUAUUUUACUACUUAUUUUAUUUAGUUCACAAUUUGGACC